AAAAAAAAAAAAAAAAAAAAAAAAAGGAGUAUUUCAAGGCAAGUGUGUUUUCCUCUCGGUGCAUUAGGCUUUUUUUUUCCAGCCUCCACCUCCCCGUACAAGACUAAUGCUGUUCUCCCACAGGCGAUCGGAGUCCUACAGCCUCURAUGCAAACCUCUGAGACGGUUUUCCUCUCAUGCAGCACUGAUUUUUGUCCUCCCUCGCUCUCUUUUUCUUUCUCUCUCUUUUCRCUCAACAUUUUCGGCAAAAUCCCAGCAAUGACAGGGAAUUAACUGGGAUAAACCAGUCAUGAUUAUGUGAGAUGAAGUUGAAGAACUUUUGACACUGAUCCAUUUUUGKUUUUGUUUUAUUUCAAUCGUUUUUGAGAGGCUCCAGAGGUGUUUGUUUCAUGACGGAAAUGAUGGCGCUGAGUGGAAACUGUAGGACUAAUCCCAAAGACCAGGCGUCGGUGCAGAACAGUUUCCCAGAUGUUGUGGAGCUGAACGUGGGGGGUCAGGUUUAUUACACGCGCCACUCAACUUUGGUGGGCACCCCCAACUCGCUGCUCGGGAAGCUCUUCUCCUUCAAAAAAGACGCGACUAACGACCUGGCGAGGGACCCCAAGGGUCGUUACUUCAUCGACAGGGACGGCUUUUUGUUCCGCUACGUGUUGGAUUUUCUCCGGGACAAGCAGGUCGUUCUGCCGGACCACUUCCCGGAGAAAGGGAGGCUCAGGAAGGAGGCGGAGUACUUCCAGCUGCCCGACCUGGUCAAGCUCUUGACCCCGGAGGAUCUCAAACACAGCCCGGAUGAUUGCUUCCACAGCGACCACGAGGACGGCUCUCAGGGCAGCGACCACCGGCAGUGCCCGCCGCCCUCCUUGGUCCCCGCGGACAGAAAGAGCGGCUUCAUCACGGUGGGCUACCGGGGCUCGUGCACCAUGGGCCGGGAGAGCCAGUCGGACGCCAAGUUCCGGAGGGUCCCUCGGAUACUGAUCUGCGGCAGGGUGGCCUUGGCUAAAGAGGUGUUCGGGGAGACUUUAAACGAGAGCCGGGACCCGGACCGGACCCCGGACCGGUACACCUCCCGGUUCUACCUCAAGUUCAAGCACCUGGAGAGAGCUUUUGACAUGUUGUCGGAGUGCAGUUUCCAAAUGGUGGCCUGCAACUCGUCGGUCACGGCCUCGUUUGUCAACCAGCACACGGAGGACAAGGUCUGGUCCAGCUACACGGAGUACGUCUUCUACCGUGGUCCAUCACGUUGGUCCUCCCCUCCAUGUGACUGCUGCUGCAAGAACCACAAGGGGGACGGAGAAGGUGAGAGCGGCACCUCCUUCAACGAGCUCACCACCUCCAGCUCGGAAAGCCAGUCCGAGGCCAGCUCUCCCCAGGGAACGGUUAUCUGCGGUCCAGUCAGUCGUCAGUCGCACCCUCAUACCAAGGUCCAAACCCUGGACAGGCCGCUGAAGAAAGGCCCGGUUAGCAUGCUUCAGCAGUCUGAACAGCGGCGGAAGAGUGACUUACUCCGCACCCUCACAGCCAGCUCUCGAGACACCAGUGGGAGCAAGAAAAGGCCGGCGAAGGAGAAGCUAACUGUUGAGGAGGAGCUGGAAAAGUGCAUACAAGACUUCCAAAAGAUCAAGAUCCCUCCRAGGUUUCCUGAGAGGAAGUACAUGUGGCAGGCUGACCUAUUGAGAAAGUACCAUCUUUGAGCCAUGGUGCAAGAUGCACAGGGAGAGCAAACACAAGGCCAAGGAUCAGUUUGUGUCUUUUUGACCAUGAACUUUUGCAACAAAAUCAAGUUUGUGGGAAAAAAAAUCUUACAUAUUGAAAAUUACCACAGAAACUGAAAAACAGACCACACAAAACAGAUUUCUCUCCGAUUGGCAAAURUAGUAUAUACAGUAUGUGUGUAUGUGUAGUUUAGGCUUAUUACAUAAURUAGGUAUGUGCUGUAACUUGCUGGAUGCAUCAGUGCUUUGAUCAAUCUAUCCCGUUGGACCAAUACAUGUGGGCUAAACAAAUGAAGGCUUGUCAGUGUUUACACCUGGUGUUACUGAUGGCUAAUGGAUUGCACACACCGUAAUCUGCCAUCAUUUCAAAGAAAAAAAAAA